AAAUGCGUUUUUGUUUUUUUUUUUUGCUUCAUGGUAGACUGAGCAUAACUCAAAACUCAAAGAAGGUAUUUACGGCACUCGCCCUUUAAGACGACGCGCAUGCGCAGACCACUGAGAAAGUUAACUCCUGAACUUCGUAGUCAGAAAAAUUCAGAUUUAUAAAAUAGCGGGGGCAUAACUCCACUGAGUUGACAUGGCAUUUCGCCGAAGAAACAAGAGUUACCCUUUCUUCAGCCAGGAGUUCCUAAUUCAAAACCAUGCCGACAUCGUGUUCAGUUUGGUGAUUUUCAUUUUGAUUGGAUUGAUGUUUGAGGCGACCGCGAAGACGGCCAUACUGUUCAUUCAGCCUCAGUACAAUGUCACCACACUAUUACCAGACGGAGAGGUGACGUUGUACCACUACGGAUGGAAGGACUGCGCCACCAUCCUGUUCUACUUCUUCAUCGCCAUCAUCCUGCAUGCGGUGGUGCAGGAGUAUCUACUGGACAAAGUGAACCGACGUCUUCACCUCUCAAAGAGCAAGAACACCAAGUUCAACGAGUCGGGUCAACUGUGUGUUUUCCACUUGGUGUCCAGUGUGUGGAGUUUCUACAUCCUCAUAACAGAAGGAUAUCUCCUGCAUCCCAGCAGCCUUUGGGAGAACUAUCCCCAUGUACAUCUCAGGUUUCAGGUGAAGUUUUUCUACCUCACUCAGCUGGCCUACUGGCUACAUGCCUUGCCAGAGCUCUACUUCCAGAAAGUACGCAAGGAGGAGAUUUCUCGACAGCUCCAGUACAUCUGCCUGUAUCUUCUGCACAUCGCUGCAGCCUAUUUGUUAAAUUUGAGCCGAGUCGGUCUGGUGCUUUUCUUCCUUCAGUAUGUGUCAGAACUGGGCUUCCACAUAGCCAGACUCUUGUACUUCACUGAUGAGAACCAUCAGAAAAUGUUUGAUCUGUGGGCGGUCAGCUUUGUGUUUACACGGAUGGCUACGCUGACCCUGAUGUUCUUGGCUGUGGGCUUCGGUUUGGCUCGUGCUGAGAAUCAGGGGCUGGACUUGGAGAUGGGGAACUUCAACACUGUACUGAUAAGGAUGACUGUUCUACUGCUGGUAUGUUUGACCCAAUCUUGGCUACUCUGGAAGUUCAUCCGCUUCCAGCUGAGACGCUGGAGGGAGUUCAGACAUGAACAGGCUGUUCGCAAGAAGGCUGCCGCAAAACAACCCCUACGGCCAUUAAAGAGAGACUCACUUGGCCACCAUGAAAACGGAGUUCUUAAAGCCGAGAACGGAGCCUCUCCUCGGACAAAAAAACUCAAAUCCCCUUAAGAUAACACACUGACUGGCCUGAACGGUGGCCUUAGCCCUGGCUAAGGUUUCUCAUCAGCACAACAGUGAAGCUGGCGCCCGCUUGGCCACCACGCUUCUGGCCGAGUAUGUCCUGAGAUGUUACAGGGACUCGGUCGCUACAGACUUAGGCUUGAAUGCUGGAAAAUGAAAUCCAAGGAAAUCCCUUGAGCCCGACAGACAUUUACUCUUCUCAUCAUAUCAGUAUUUUUUUAUACUUCCACACAGCCUGCUAUUCCACCCUAAGGCACACCAUUGUAUGCAGUGAUUAAAACGUAAAUUGAACGCAGUGCGCGGCACAUGUUAAUUGUGCGUGUCCAUGUUGAAUGUGUUGAUGCAUAUCCUCAUACAUAAGUACUGUAUUGGUUGUAGUGUUGUUAGAUAUUGCAGCUCUUGCCAUUGAGCCAGCUUUGCUUGUUUUCUCUUCUGGUCCAUUGGAGCAGAAAAGCGUUACUGAUGACAUGGUAUGAUAUGAGCUUACUGUCUAAAAUUGUACAUUUGUCACUGGUCACUUAACAGAUAUGCACCAAGUAUGUAUGUUGGAUAUUACCGCAUGCCAUUCCAUGUUUUUUUUUUCCCCCUUUGUUUUUGUUAAUUACUUUAUUAAAUAAUGCAAUUUUCUGAAA